GUGAUUAGAUUGCGAUUGGAGCCAAAUCCCGCCCACAUGUUAAAAUUGAUCACUUCAGCUAUUUUCUUUGUUUCUUCAAAGUCUUCGCUUCGUCUUAGAGUAUUAGCUACUAUGUCUAAUGUAGAGACUCCCGCCAAUGGAGGAGAGACUGAAGGAACCGAGCAAGAUUUACAUGAGCAGACUGUUGCCUCGGCAGAGAGUCCAGACUCCACCCAAACCAAAGAAACCUUAAAGAGACCACUUGAUGAAAAGGACAACUCCGCUGCUGCUGCAAGUAAUUCCGGAGAAGCUGCUACCAGUAAUGAUUCUAUAGUAGAUCCUAAGAGCAAGAGACCUGCUCAUACAGUAUCAGCACAAAAUCAAACCUAUUCAUUUUGGGGAUCUCCUAUCUCAUACAUGAAAAGCGAGAUUAAAAGGUUUAAAUCAUACACUCAAGGAGGGAACAAUAGUAAGGAGUACUGGGAGAAUCUACCACUUGAAAAGAAAAGAGAGCAGUAUCGUUGUCGUGAUAAAUUUUUGCAACUGGAAGGCAUUAAAACAUGGACUGAAUAUGCUUUGAAAAGAAGAAUCCCAGAGCCUCUGGAUCCUCCUAAAGCUGACAUUAAUCCAUUGCUUAAUGAUAAGAUCUCUCUCUGGAAUGGUGAUAUAACACGGCUAGAGAUUGAUGCCAUUGUCAAUGCUGCUAACUCCUCGUUAAUGGGAGGGGGCGGAGUUGAUGGGGCCAUACAUGCAGCUGCCAGUAGCUCGCUGAGAGAAGAGUGUUCUAAAUUAGGUGGGUGUGAUGCUGGAGACGCCAAAUUAUCAAGUGGACACAGAUUACCAGCAAAGUUUAUUAUUCACACUGUUGGCCCAAUGGAUGAAGAUCCAAAUUGUUUAAGAAGCUGUUAUGAGAGGUGCUUGCAGAUUGCUUUAGAAAAUAACAUCAAGUCUUUAGCUUUCUGCUGCAUUGCAACUGGUGUGUAUGGGUUUCCAAAUCGUGAAGCAGCUCACAUUGCACUGGAAACAAUAAGAAAAUGGCUGGAAAAAGAAGACAAUGCAGACAAGACAGAUAGAAUUAUUAUUACAACUUUUCUGAAGAAAGAUACAUUGAUUUAUGAAGAGCUUCUUCAAGUUUAUUUUCCACUGGAGACAAAAGGUAGUCCUCAAAGAGAAGAAAACCCAAAUACAACUGAAGAAAAACCUAAUUUUAUUCCAUCAUUACAAAAGCAUCCAACUGCACCUGCACGUAGUUAUCAUUCUGGAGCAGCUGGGAGAGAGAACUUGAAUGAGAGCAUUGAAGAACCAAAAACAGUACAAGACCCAGUACAAACAGAAAUAACUCCAACACCAGACCCAGUGAAGGAAGCUCAAGACCCAGUGGAAAAAUUAGUUCAAGACCCAGUGGGAGAAUCAGCUCCAGACCCAGUGGGAGGAUCAGCUCCAGACCCAGUGGGAGGAUCAGCUCCAGACCCAGUGGGAGGAUCAGCUCCAGACCCAGUGGGAGAACCAACUCAAGACCCUAUGGGAGAACCAGGUCAAGACCCAGUGGAAGAAACAAAAGCACAGGAACCUGUAGCACAAGAUUCCACAAAUAAUGAACAAAUAGAACAUGAUGACAGUAGUAAUACAAAUGAACUCACUAAUGAUAACAACAAACUUGGCAGUGAUGAUCCAUGAUCAGAUCAGUGGAGGAGACCUCACAAUAACAAUAGUAUUAUUUUAUAUUUGAAUUAUUAAUUAUAUUAUAAUACUACUAACACGAAUACUAUGUGUGAUCAAUAGUUGUCAAAAUAUUUCACUGAAUGUGUUCAAGUAUCCCUUGUCUUAUGAGUUGUUCACACUGUGACCUCAGUAGAUAA